UGAGGUCGUGCGCAGUGCUCUCGUCGGUUUUUCAUUGCAAGGAAAAUGACGGAGCAACUGGAGCAGCGCUACUGCAUCAAAUUUUGCCAGAAACUGAGCGACAGCCAAGUGGAAACCAUUGGGAAGAUCAAAAUGGUUUUCGGUGACGACGCUAUGAGCCGCACACAGAUUAAGGUGUGGUACAACCGGUUUAAAGACGGCCGUGCAUCAGUGGAGAGCGAGCCACGCUCCGGUCGGCCAUCAACAUGCCGAAAUGAUCAGGUCAUUGCCGAAGUGAACGCUGUGGUGAUGCGGGAACGUCGUGUGACUAUCCGGGAAAUUGCGGAAGUGGUGGGCAUCAGCACUUUAUCUGCACAUUCCAUUAUGACCGAAGAUUUGGCCAUCAAGAGAGUUGCGGCGAAAUUCUUGCCGAAACUGCUCACGGUGGAGCAAAAGCAACUUCGUGUUGAAGUCUCACAGGACAUGCUGGAUUUCACGAGCAGUGACCCUAACUUCAUGAACACUAUUAUAACUGGUGAUGAGUCUUGGGUGCACGAGUACGACCCCGAAACCAAAUCCCAGUCGUCACAUUGGAAACAUUCCAGUUCACCAAGACCAAAGAAGACCCGCGAAGUGCGGAGCAACAUCAAAGUGAUGCUGAGUGCUUUCUUUGACUCCCGCGGUGUGGUACACCACGAGUACGCACCACAGGGUCAAACAAUCACCAAAGAGUACUAA